UUGUAUCCAAGAUUGAAGGGGUCAGAGAGGGAAAGGGUAUUUGUCUUCUGAUUAUUUUUAAUGAAGUUUGGGAUCUUUGUAUCCAAGAUUGAAGGGGUCGGAGCAAGGGAAAGGACAUUUCUCUUCUGAUUUUUUAUCAAGAUUGAGAUCCUAGUAUCCAAGACUGUUGGGUGGAGAACGAGACUGAUUGGACAUAAUGCUAAACAGGUAGGAGCGUAGAGCCAGUUCUUCUCUCCAUCCCUGAUGGAGCCUUUGAGAAACAUCAUCAGCAGGGCCUCCUGGACAUCUCAGAGGUCCCCCGCCAACAAGGAGAUAGAAGGAGCCUUUGUAAACCCCAUGUGGACAGCUCUGUUCGACUACGAGGCCCUGGCAACGGACGAGCUCACCCUCCGCAAGGGGGACCAGGUGGAGAUCCUGUCCAAGGAUUCGGCCAUCUCGGGCGACGAGGGCUGGUGGGCCGGCAAGCUCCGCGACCGUGUGGGCAUCUUCCCGGCUAAUUAUGUCUCGUCCGCGCCGGCGGCCUACGCCAAGCUGCCGGCCGGCCAGCAGGAGGAGCUGCCCACUCCGCGGGAGGUGGCCUUCGGGGAGCUGGCCCUCCAGGAGGUGAUUGGGGUGGGUGGAUUCGGCAAGGUGUACCGGGCUCGCUGGCGGGGCCGGCUGGUGGCGGUGAAGGCGGCGCGCCAGGACCCGGACGAGGACGUCAGCGCCACCGCCCAGAACGUGCGGCAGGAGGCGCGCCUCUUCGCCAUGCUCCAGCACCUCAACAUCAUCGGGCUGAUGGGCGUCUGCCUCCAGGAGCCCAACCUCUGCCUCAUCAUGGAGUACGCCUCGGGGGGUGCGCUGAACAGGGCGCUGGCUGGCCGCAGAAUCCCCCCGCACGUCCUGGUCAACUGGGCCGUGCAGAUCGGACAGGGGAUGCGAUAUCUCCACGAUGAAGCCAUCGUUCCUGUCAUCCACCGCGACCUCAAGUCCAACAAUGACUUCAACGGCCGAUCGGAGGGUCGAAAUUCCCCCGCCCCCCCCCCACUCUCCCGCAUCCGAGCCUCUGGAAUUCCGUUCCCACAGCUGACCUCCAAGGCUAGACGGAACAUAGACGAGGCCUCGACUUCUGUCAGUCCAGCGGGAAAAAAAAACCGGAUAAUCCGGCAAGGCUCUGGAAAGAAGGAAUGCCGGAAAUUCGGAGGCGGUUAG